AAGACCUUGACCCGUCGUCUCUCUCCACACUCUGUUCUUCUCUCCCUCCCCACGUGUCCCCCUCUCGAGCUCGUAACGUCUCGUCCCGCUUCUUUAUAUAGCCCGUCAUGGCCGCCCCUCUUUUAUCCACUUCAGUCCACCCGCUUCCUUCCUCGUCAAGCUCCCGCAGCCAUCGCUGAAAAGACAGCACACACACACACACACACACACAGAGAAGCGAGUCAUCUUCGAUCGGUCGGAGAUGGGGAAGAAGAGCGGCAGCGGCGGCGGGGGUGCGGCGGCGAAUGCGAAGGCGUCGUUCGUGCUCAAGGUGGCGAUGCACUGCGAGUGCAAGGGGUGCAUCGACAAGGUGCGGGCCGCGGUGAGGGACCUGGCGCUGCUGCAGGCGGUGGAGGCGGCGGUGGACGCCGGCGGCGGCGAGGUGCGCGUGCUGGCCGACGCGGCGGCGGACCCCGAGCGGCUCCGGCGCCGCCUCCACAAGGCCACGGGAAAGAAGGUCGACCUCCUCUUCCCCACCACCAGCAAGCCGGCGGCCGGAGGCGACAAGAAGAAGGAGCAGCAGGAGGAGGCGGCCCAGUUCGCCGCGCUGCUCGCCGGGCUCCAGCAGCAGCAGCAGGCCCAGGCCCAGGCCCAGGCACAAGCGCAGGCCCAGGCGCAGGAGAGGUACUACGGCCAGGGCUUGGGCCAGGGCGGCGCGUGGCCCGGGCUGGGGCUGAGCGGCGGGGGUUGGGAAGCGGCGCCGGCGUCGUCGUACCCGUGGGCGUCACCGGCGGGGUACUACCCGGCUGGUGCCGCGCCGUCCGCUGCUUCGUGGGGAGGGGCGUAUGCCGCGUACCCUCCUCCUUCGGCUCCGGCCUACUACGGCGGCGGCGCGCCGGCGCCGUGGCACGGGAACGGCUCCUGAUCGAUCAGGGCAUGAAUGCGCGCGCCGCGACGAACCGGAGCUGGAGACGACGAUCUCGGUCGAUCACUCUUGCGGCCGCGCUGCGUGGAUCGGAUGUUACUCCGUAUUACUCCAUAUAGAAGGAUUUAUCUCUUUUGAAUUAGUAGUAACGCUCUUUUGGAUGUAUUUAAGUUAGAACUGGAGUAUAAGUUAGCACUCGGCUGUUAAUCAGUAGUAAUAUUAUGUCAACACUAGUAAGCUAAUAAUUUCAUGGCUUUAUCGAUGA